CGCGGCGUGUCGUUGGAAGAAGCGAUGGAAUGAUAUUUAUUGGGCAUCGCUAAUAUCGCCAUGAAAAUAUAUAUACAGCUCCCCUUCUCUCCAAAAGCCAACUUGAUGAUACCACACUGCAAGCCAUAACAGCAGAGGCUCAUCCUUGACUUACACCAUAACAAAUCCACAACACCAUGUCUGACAUUGUCAUCAUCGGAGCCGGCGUCAUCGGCCUCAGCGCCGCCCUUCGCCUCCAACAGGCCGGCCACAGCGUCACCAUCGUCGCCAAGGACUUCCCCACGCCCUACGAAUCCGCCAACAAGCGCGCCCUCAUCAACUACAGCUCGCAAUGGGCCGGCGCCCACAACCGCUGGAUCCUGCCCACCAACCCGGCCGAGCAGCGCGAGCACGGCUUCUCCCUCACGACGUAUCGUCACAUGGAGGCCACCAUGGCCAAGUUUCCCGAAGCCGGCAUCACUUUCAUGAAGGGCAUCGAGUACUUUGACGUUGCGCCGGCCGUGCAUGGCGACUUGACCGAGGAACAGGCCCUUGGGCUUGGGCUUGAGGAGUUUAAGCGGCUGGGCAAGCAGGACUUUCCCGAUGACAAGGUGACUUAUGGAUACGAGUACAAGACGUGGUGUCUUAACCCCAUGAUCUAUUGCUCUUUUCUGCUCCGCCAGUUUCAUAUCCUGGGAGGGAAAAUCUUGUCGAUGGAGCUCCGUGACGUGAACGAAGCGUUUCUCGUCAAGUCUUUGCCGGGCGUCCAAGUUGUGGUCAACUGCUCUGGGAUAGGAUUCAACGACACGGCCGUGUUUCCCACGCGAGGCCAAACAUGCCUCGUCUCCAAUCCCUCCGCCAUCACCUACACCCGCCAGUACGCAGACGGCACUUGGAGCUUCUGCAUCCCCCGAAACUUCCACGGCGGCACCAUCAUCGGCGGCACCAAAGAGCCCGACAACUGGGACUCGGAGCCCAGCGCCGAGACUCGCGCCCGCCUGCUCUCCAACGCCGCCGCCAACUAUCCCACCCUCGUGGCAGACGGGCCAUUGCAGCCGCUCGGAGACAUUGUUGGCCGGAGACCGACUCGCCGUGGGGGAAUCAGACUGGAGAGGGAGGAGAUUCCGGCCGGCGACAUCAAGGGCUUGCAGGACGAUGCUGCGAGGUCGAUUGUUCAUGCGUAUGGCCUUGGUGGAAGGGGAUACGAGCUCUCGUGGGGAGUGGCAGAGGAAGUGAUGGAGCUUGUCAAGCAGCGAGUUUCUAGCCGUCUAUAAGUGUGCUAUUGCGUCCAUUCAGAACGCAGCCCAGGCACUUUUUGUAUCCAAAUCUUCAUAAUCAUACAAGCCUUGGUCCCCUCCUCCCGUAUAUCUAUAUAUUUGUACAAGCAUCCUCUCAUCAGCUGAUGUCUCAAAGUCAUCCCAAAGCCGUUUUGCCUGCGCCCAACAUUAAACGCCAACGAAAAGACAGAAAAGCAAAAAACACAAUAAACAUUGCUCUUUGCUUUCAAAAGCAAUAAGCCCGCCCUUUACUUGGAGCCGGCAUCUCGUCUUGCAGGUGGUAUCGUCUCCCCUCUCUUCUCCAUCUCCUUCUGCCUCGACAGCCUCACCUCCUCUGGAAGCCCCCACCAGUCUCGCAUGAAUUCCUCUUGAGCUGCCGCCAUCUUGGCUUUUCUCUCGCGCUGCUUCUGUCGCUCCAUUCGCAGUGCGAACCAGUCCUCGCGGGCUUUGUCUUGUUGCUCUUGGGUGGCGUGCUGCACCAUGCAGGCAUUCAUGGCGUGGUUUUCAGCUUUGCAGGCAAAUGAAACGCUAAAUGUUCGACCGAGGGCGCAGUCGGCGAAUGCUUUAAUUUCGUCGGCGCACAGUUUUCGCACCCUAGCGUAGUAAAUAUCUCGAACUUGCGACUCCUGCGAGGCGGACAGAGGCAGCGGAUUCCGAGACGGGACGCCGAGCCGUGGUUGAGGGAGAUUGGGAGUCUGCGUAGCCAUCGUGGCCAUUGGGGUGCGCAAUGUCCAGCAGCGGUAGGUGUCUCGGUACUAGUAUUUAAAACACCUGUACGGCGCCUUGAUUGCCGGGUUUUU